AUGUCACGACAAGAAAACACAAACGAAUGCAUUUACCGGAAACUGGACAACGGAAAGGUCCAAUGUUUGGCAUGUAAUAGAUACUGUGUAAUACCUCCAGGACAAACAGGGGUAUGUGCUGUUCGAGAGAAUGUCGAUGGAGUCUUGAGACUGAUUGUCUAUGGGAAGGUCAUUGGCCCAGGCCCAUCGCCAGUAGAGAAGAAACCAAUGUUCCACUUUCUUCCUGGGACUCAGACGUACUCUUUAGCGACUAUUGGCUGCAACUUCACUUGUAAGUUUUGUCAGAAUUGGGAUAUCAGUCAAUGUGCUGCGCAAGUGAGAGACGCAGGAGGGAAUUAUGUAGGGAAGAUAGAGAAAUAUGGGUAUGCGAUGACAGCGGAAGAUGUUGUUAAAGAAGCUAUUAAAGAGAAAUGCCCUGCAAUUGCUUAUACAUACAACGAACCGACAGUGUUCUUGGAAUAUGCGCUGGACGUUGCGCGAAUUGCAAAGGCAAAAGGAUUGAAGAACAUCUUUGUGACGAACGGAUACGAAUCUAAAGAAGCUAUUGAAGCCAUGAAAGGGCUUAUCGAUGGGAUGAACAUCGAUUUGAAAGGAUUCACAGAUAAGUUCUAUAGCGAUUUAGCUGGAACACACUUGGAACCAGUCAAGAAAACAAUUCGACUAGCAAGAGAGUCUGGCAUUUGGGUGGAAGUCACAACACUGAUCAUUCCUGGCCAAAACGAUUCGGAAAAGGAAUUGAAAGAACUUGCAGAAUUCCUUGUUAACGUCGAUCCUAAUAUGCCUUGGCACAUCUCCGCAUUCCACCCAGAUUAUUUGAUGGAUAAUAUCCCACCUACUCCCGUGUCUACUCUCAGAAUGGCUUAUGAUAUAGGAAAAACAGCAGGUCUCCAUCACAUCUAUGUGGGAAAUGUGUCAGACCCUAGCAGAGAAGCUACUUAUUGCAAGAAGUGCGGCGAAAUGCUGGUGAAGAGAAGUAGAUUCAGAAGCGUUAUACUCGACUCCUUCGUUGAUGGAGUAUGUACUAAAUGUGGAACUCCAUGCGAUGGAGUAUGGAAGUAA